CCACCAAUCCCAUGGGCAGAUUGGUAAAAGAAGUUUAAAAUUUACGUAUCCAUUUGGUACAACAUUGUAGUAUAUAUAUACAUAGAUAACAAGUUACACUAAUCAUCAAUUGACCAAAACAAAUGAAUAUGGAGAAGAGUUCAUAUAACAUGUUAUCAUUCGUUGGUUGUGUUGGUGUUUUGCUCUUGUUAUCAACACAAGGCUCGGCCGAGCAACAUAUCGUAGGAGGGAAGCAAGGGUGGGAGGAAUCAACGGAUUUUGACACUUGGGCUUCGGGUCAAACGUUCAAGGUUGGGGACACACUAGUGUUCAAGUAUAGUCCAAUGCAUAGUGUUGCAGAGCUAGGCAGUGAGAAGGAAUACAAGUCUUGUGAUGUGGGAUCUGCAACGAAUUCUAUGUCGGAUGGCAACAGUGUAGUGAAGUUAACUAAGGCGGGCACUCGAUACUUUGCUUGUGGUACGAGUGGACAUUGUGGUCAGGGUAUGAAAGUGAAGAUCACUACAGUCGCGGCUUCUUCUUCUGGUGCAUCAUCACCAUCGGUGUCAUCAAAUACAACACCGGCUUCAACAUCAACUCCAUCUUCAACUUCGGAUUCAUCAUCUAUUUCGGGAUCAAUUGUUUCCGCUACUAUCUUUUUGGUAUUUAGUUCCUUGAUGAUCAUCUUGUCUUAAAGGAAAAAGAAUGGCCUUAGUGAUAUUCUUAUGUCUAUUUGUUUUGAUGUCUAAUUAAUAUUGUUCUGUAUACACGCAUUGAGAAAUAGAAUAAAAUUUGUUAUACGAUA